AUGGCGUCCGCUCCUCGUUUUCGACCUUGGCUUCCACAGCCGCCAGAGGCACACAAAGGGCAAGAUGGAAUGGAAUCUGCUAGCAACGGGACAGCCAAGACCGACCAGAUUGGCCCGGUCCUCCUUUCUUUCGAUCAGAUGCCCGAGUGGUUCCAACGCGAGUCCAAUCGGUGGGUUCUCCACGGCUACAGACCCAUCUCAGGCUCCGUUCGUACUUCAUUCUGCAGCUGGUCAUAUAUGCACAACGAGUCUAUUAACAUCUAUUCUCACCUCAUUCCUGCCGUUUUCUUCUUCUUCGGCGAGUGGUAUAUCCAGCAGUACCUACACAGCAGAUAUCCCAGGGUAGCCAGCGCCGAUUUUGUUGCUUUCUCCAUUUAUAUGUUGACAGCUCGCGUAGAACAUCUAUGCUUGCGACUGGAUAUGCUCGGCGUAGUCAUAUUUAUACUAGGUGACCUUAUCUUGGGAACGUAUAUAGUGUUCUGGUGUGAAACUUGGACACGUAAUUUCUACUGGUCCAUGAUUGGGGUCUUUGGAUCAUUGACAAUCUUUACGACGAUGCAUCCCAAGUUUCAGGGCUCAAAGUAUCGCCUCUUUCGAGCGUUGAUGUUUGUAGCAACCGGCCUAUGCGGUGUUGCACCCUUAUUCCAUGGGAUCAGCACAUUUGGCAUCUCGAUAAUGAAACAAAAAGCCUUAUCUUAUACUCUAGCAAAAGCAGGAUGUCUUCUCUCUGGGGUUUCAUUCUAUGCUGUGAGUCCCUUGAUCUUAAGGACAAGAGAAACUGACAUUGACACAUUUAUUUCAAAGACCAGGUUUCCCGAAAGUCGAUAUCCUGGCAAAUUCGACAUGUGGGGUUCUCACUCGAUCUUCCACGUGCUGGUGGUUUGUGCUGCGGUGGUUCAGUUGAUGGGGUAUCUAGAUGCUUUUGAAUAUGCUUGUUCAAAUCUUCAUUGCUCGCCCCCUUGA